AUGCGAACCCCCCAUCGCGCGUUAUCCACCCUCCAAUUGGAGGACGAGGCGACGAGCUGGGCGCGGGCGAUGGGGGAGCGCUACGGGCCCGGCAACUAUCAGCUUUUCCGCUCACUCUACAAAGACUUAUGCGAUGAAAUGCGAAACGAAUCCGAGACGAGGCCCCCGCCGCCGUUUCUUCCGGAGGGUUCUUCGAUCUUUUCGGCAUCGCCGUCGCGCCCGGCCGACGACGCCGGGGCCUGGGGCGUCGCCUACGAUCGCGCGACCAACAUCGUGCGCUUCACGCGGGCGGCGGUCGCGGCGACCCGGCAGGCCCGCGUGGUGGCCUACGCCCCGGUGGAGGUGAAAAACCCGCCCAAAAUCAGCGCGGCCCUGACCUUUGUUGACUGGUACCCCCUGGAGGUUCUGAUAACGCGGCACGGCGUCGUUUUGCACUUCUCCAUCGCGUGCAAUGAGGGCGGGAUGCACAUGCGGAACCUCCGCGCGUACGACGCCGCGGCCUCGCCGCUGCUUUGGGGCACCACCGACCACGCCCGCUGGCUGCGGGAGCUUUUCUUCUACGACGGGCCGUCGUUAUGGCACCUCGAGCUCGAUUUCCUCAACGAGCUCUACGACACGAUGCAGGACCACGGGGUGACGUUGAAUUGGGUCCGCUGGGCGGCGAGGUGGGUUUUUUAUCUCGAGCACGUCAACUACACCCGGUGGAGCCUUGGGAUCCUCGAGGAGCUCAUCCCGGCCGCGGACCAGGGGCCGGAGGAGGAUUUCUUGCUCGAAAAGGAAAGAGCCCUCUUGCAGGAGCCCGCGGAGGACCCCUUGUCGGGACGUUCUUUAUAA